UACAGUUAAUAAUAAUGCCAGAAACACACCAGUCUUAGCUGUAAACAAAGGAAUAACUCACAGUAGUUAUACAUAGGUUGUCCCCAGGUAGUGCAUGUAUAGGUCUUGUACUAGGACUGAGCCAAUGACCUGGAUUUUGGUCCUCACUGGACUACACCUAUAAUACAUCAACACCCACUCGGACUCACCCUGAAACCCACACAGUUACGGAAGAGAACCACCAAUGACCUCAGUCACAAACAAAGUUUAGUCAAAGACAUAAUUUUUGAAUCAUCCAUAAACACACGCUAGGUUUAAUUUAGCCUGAUUUGGAAAAUGACAAUGAAAAUGAUAAAAAAUGUUGUUCCUAUGUGGGCAGCGCCACUCGGUUGCUAGGCAACACUCUAACAACGGGGCAGUCAUGGCGGAGAGCAGCCAAAGUGCAGAGACCAACCUGACAGAUGUACAAAAUGACAUCAAAGCUGCCUUCAAGCCGUUUGAUUAUCAGGCUAAUAACACGGUGGACGUCAGGGAGAUUGGCACCAUUAUAUAUUCACUGGGUUGCUUCCCCUCUCAGGCCGAUCUACAUGACUUCAUAGCUGAGGUGGAAGAAGAUCACACAGGAUAUGUCCAUUUGGACAGGUUCCUCCCAGCCAUGACUAAAGUGCUGGUGGAGAACAAGUUCCCUCCCAUCCCUGAGGACCUUCUGCUUCAGGCCUUUGAGGUUCUGGACAAAGAAAAGAAAGGAUACCUGGAGCCUGAGGAGCUGAUAAAGUAUAUGACACAAGAAGGUGAGCCCUUUACUCAGAUGGAGGUGGAUGAGAUGCUGACAGCACUCGCCGACCGUGAGAAGAACUUGAUCUAUUACAAAGACUUAACCAGCCAGCUGACUAUUGACCCCGACAUGAAGGGUUAUCCAAAACGUUGAGGACCAUCACAAACUCACACAAUUUGUGUAAAUGGUCUGCAGAUAGUGCAGUCUCUCAUUUUCAUGUUCACAUUCAAGACGCUCAGCUGCCAUAAGAGCAGUGUCUGUUCUUUUCUCAGUAUGUUUUUAAUAUGGACUUGUUGCUCUGCCACCAUGGUAUAAUUAAUACAUAAACAAGGUUUAGUUCUCAUUAUUACACUAAUUAAAUUGUAAAAUCAUUGUUGGAUUCAGAUCAAAAUGCUUGUUCAAAUGGGAAGAUUUAAGAAAACUUAUCAGUGGUAUUAGCUCAUACAUUGCGGCAAAGCUCUUGUAUUUAGAGGUUUGAUCUGGCAGAGAUGUUCUCAUGAAACACAUUACACAGGAAAGGGCACAUAUAGUAUAAAUCGAUUUGACUGAAAGCAGUCCACUUUUUGUUAAUAUAUUCACACAUCGAGAUCAUCAUGUAGCUAAUGAAAGACAUAUUGGUUGUAAUCGUGCACUUGAGUGGGUUUAACAGUGAAGUCAUUCAGACUGCUGGUGUGUGGAUUCUGGGGCUUUGUGAGGUGAUCUGACGAUGCUAAAAUAUGCAUCUAAAUCUGAGAGGGAAACGCUACUUGUAACAAGAGCUUGUUGCUGUUCCAAACCCAGAGUGUGGGCUGAAAAUAGAGUCUAAGGCAACACGCUGGGUUUCAAAAUAGCAUGCUCUGCUGCACAGGAUUUACAGCUGUGAAGCACGGUAAAGCCAGGUUUUGAACAGAAAAUGUUCACCGUUGUAGAUAUUCAGUCUACAAUCCCAUGUAGCAUGGACUCAAGGCUUGAUCCUUAAGCUUCCUUAAGCUGCAGAUACGAAGUAGCCACUCUGAAACUUCAACGUUAAAAGUAAUUUGACAUCUGACUGACAAGCUCCUGAGUGAGAACAUAAAUUAUUUACAGUAUCUGGGCACCCUGGUGGCGUCAGUAGGUGCAGCCAAAGUACAUAAAUAAAGCAGGAAUUAGUAACAAAACCAAGGCCAACAACACCACCAGUAUGAAGUGAUGCUAAAUGAAAUGAAACGUGUUAAAUGUUGGGAGGAAACUACGUGAUGGUGACUUUGCAGUGACAGGAUGGCGUCUUUAUCGCUGGUGUCUUGUGUCUUAAUGAUCAUUAGCUUUGCAGUAAAUGACCCUUGGCGUAUUAAAAAACAAAACAAAGCAAUGAUCGCUUAAUCAUCGUAGACUUUUAUCUCAGGUGAUUCUGCAUUGGAUAAACAACAUGCAUGAAACAGUUAAACACAGCUUUGGGACAUGGAUGAUUAGACUUAUCUAAAGCUUAGAUAAGUACUGCAGAGGGAAACACAAGCCGACCUCUAUAUGAGCAUGGAUGCAUGCGGUGGCUCCAGUUCACAGUUUAACACAACCCGUCAUCUUCUAAUCACUGUUUAAGACAAAAAAGAAAUCAUUAGCGUAUAGUGAUAGAAAUAAAUCUGCACGAAAAGUUCCCUUUUCACAAAACGUGAAGUAAAAA